GUGCUGCCACGCUUCUACCCACCAAUGUCGGUAGAUCUCAAAAAAUAAAUCGGUAUUUGAGCAAUGGAAAACAAAUACUUUAUGAAGCAAUGAAAAACAAAUACUUUAUGAAUAAAUAUAUUUUAUUCAUUACUGAUCAGUUUCGGGUAUCAGAAGUACACAAAGAAUCUAAAUAUACAUUGUUAAUGUAA